UAAUCCUAAAAAAAUCGUCGAUGCCCUAUCUAUUUGGAAUUAAGAAAUAUUCUGGACAAUAACGGUUGGUUUUUUUUUGAAAAUUAUAUUUCAAAGUGUAAGUGCAAAGAGGGGUUUUAAACUUCUUCACAAAAAAUUACAAAAACAAUAUCUUUUAAAAAUUCAAUUAUGAGUGUAAUUAACAAAAAUGAUAUUUUAGCUGUUCUACAAGUAUUAAAAAGAUACAAAUUUAAGGAUACAGAAAAUACUUUAAAGAAAGAAGCAAAUCUUCCUGAUAUACCAGAGAUCUUAACACACGAUGCAUCGGAUAGCGUUUUCGAGACAUAUCAAAGUGAAGGAGAUCCAGAUACCUAUGUUGCUUGCUAUAGUGAAUUACGAAAAUUUGUCGAUUCCUCGCUUGAUGAUAACAAAUUUGAACUGAGUAUGAUCUUGUAUCCAGUAUUUGUUCAUAUGUACAUUGAGCUUGUUUAUAAUAAUCACGAAGAUCAGGCAAGGGUAAUGAUGGAAAAAUUUGGUCCGGAACAAGAGUAUUAUUAUCAAGAUGACAUAAAGAGACUUGCAAUGACAACAAAAAGGAAUCAAAUGAGUGGAAAUGAUAUAACUGAUACUUUUAAAUCCAAUGAAUUCAUAAUUCGGAUAUCACGUGACACAUUGUCAUUGCUUAAACAACAUCUACAAGAGAUGAAAGCAAAUGUCCUUAUUAAUAUUAUUAAUGAGCAUUUAUAUUUUGAUUUAUACGAAGGAAUGGCUAGAAAUAAAACGCAAUGUGCUGCAACGGCUGGUGCAUUGUUAGGUGAAGCAAAGAGACAGGACAAUAAAGUGAAAAUUUAUUAUGGAUUGUUAAAAGAGCCUGAUUAUCAGCAAAUGAUGACACAGGCGUCACUAACAGAAGAAGAAAAUGAUGAUGAUAUAGAUGUAGAUAGGUUAAAAAAGAAGAAGUCAAGGAAAGAUUCAGUGUUUGGAAAGAAAACAAAAUCUGAUCCAAAUGCUCCGCCAUUAGAUCGAGUAAUUUUACCUCAAUUACGUGAAACAGAAUUAAGUGAAAAAAUCAAAGCGCUUCGUGAAGCGCAAAAACGUGUAGAUCUUGGACCAGAUUGCUUGCCUUCUGUUUGUUAUUACACUCUUCUGAAUUCCUUACACACAGUAACUUGUGCAGAAAUCGCUGAAGAUUCUUCGUUCAUUGCAAUUGGAUUUUCUAAUGCUAAAAUUAAGAUUUGGUCCAUGACACCAGCUAAAUUACGUGAAUUGAAAUCUGCUGAAGAGUUGAAGGAUAUUGAUAGAGAAGUUGAUGAUGUGCUUGUACGGAUGAUGGAUGAUAGAAAAGCAGAGGCAUCAAAAAUACUACUAGGUCACACAGGUCCAGUAUAUAGUUGCUCAUUUACAUUCGAUCGAUCUCUUUUAUUAUCAUGUUCGGAAGAUAGUACGAUACGCUUAUGGUCAUUGCAAACAUGGACAUGUCUUGUUGUAUAUAAAGGACACUUAAAUCCUGUUUGGGAUGUUAAAUUCUCACCGCACGGAUAUUAUUUCGUUAGUUGUUCUCAUGAUAAAACAGCUCGAGUUUGGACUACAGAUUCUCCACAUCCAUUGAGAAUUUUUGCGGGUCAUUUAUCUGAUGUUGAUGUAUGCACAUUUCAUCCAAAUUCAAAUUACGUUGCAACAGGAUCAAGUGAUAGAACAGUUCGAUUAUGGGAUGUUUUAACCGGCAACAAUCAUGUACGAUUAAUGACAGGUCAUAAAGGAGCUAUAUAUUCUAUCGUUUUUUCAAUGUGUGGACGAUAUUUGGCUAGUGGAUCAAAUGAUAAAGUAAUAAAUGUUUGGGAUUUGGCACAUGGACAUUUAGUUGCAAGUCUAGCUAGUCAUACAUCAACAAUUCAUUCCCUUUGUUUUAGUCGUGAUGGAACAAUUUUAGCAUCAGGUGCACUUGACUGUAAUCUUAAGCUGUGGGAUUUUUCCAAAUUAUGCGAAGAUCUAAGCGGUGAAAAUGUCAAUGUCAGCCAUAAUCCAAAUGUAAAAAGCGGAGAAAAUUAUUUGCUUCGAACCUUCUCUACAAAACAAUCACCUUUCAUAACACUUCAUUUUACCAGGAGAAAUUUACUGUUUGGUGUUGGUUUAUUUGAAAGCUCAUAACUGUAAAAUUAAGCAUUCGUUCAGGAAUACAAUUUUUAAAAUUCUCAAAAACCUUUUUUUUUAACUUGCUUUAUUUUCAAACUUCAACCAAAAAAAAAAUGAGUAUCACACAAAACAUAAAAUGCUCAGGAAAAAUUUCAAAAUGAGUUUCUGGAUGAAAAAUCAGAUAAAGGAUAAUUAAAGGUCAAUUAAAUCUUGUGUUUUAGAGAUGGCAAAUAAAUAAUUGUUUUUGAACAUAA